GCUUGACAGGACUGUACCCCUGAAUAAAGACUAUAGGACUAGAACAAUUCCAUGCCUAUCGACCUGCGCCAUGGGCAGAUUCGGUCGUUCGAGACAAUUAUCCCAGCACCCAAUCGGAUGGCAUCAUGGGUGCUUGUUGCUUAUGGCCAUUGGCAAUACGGGUGCCUGGCUGCCCCGUGUUGUUAUUGUUGUUGUUGUUGUUAUCUCACACCAUACUUCUUCCCGUGGCGCUUACGAGCACACCAACAAGGUAGUAG